AUGAAUAAUAAUAAGAAUAACAAUAGGAACAAUAGCAACAACACCAGCCGCAGUAACAAUGGCAACAAUAAGGAGAGCUACAACAACAUCAGGAACAAUUCCAGUGGCAUGGUAGGGAGUAAUAUGAGUGUUCCCCACAGCAUGGGCGGGAUGAGCAACGUCAACGGAAUGGCUCAACUCCAUGGCAAUAUGAGCAAGAUGCACGGGAAUUUAAAGAACAUGCCCCCCAGUAACCUCAAUAGUUUAGCUAACAAUAUGAAGCACAGCAUGUCUGGCUAUGGAAAUGGCAUUCCAGGAGGUAUGAGCAAUAUUCCCGCUGGAAUGAACACACUGCCGGGGGGGCAUGGCAACAUUAGUAUGAUGCGGAGCGCCGCAAACCCCCCAAUGAGUAACAUAAACUCCAAAAUAAACAUGAGCAACAGUAGCGUGAAUAUGCAAACAGACAUAAAUUUGAAAAACAGAAUUCAAAUGGGUAGUUCCGACAUACCAAAUGGCAACAGAAAUAUGACAAACCUUUUCAGCAAAAGUAACAAUAACAACCUAAGAGAAAAUAUAAUGAACAACUUAAACUAUAAUUACAACAAUGUGAAUUAUAAUAGUAUGAUGAAAAGUAACAUGGAUAUGAAUAAUAAAUUGUUAAGUGGGGAAAAUGCAGGAAAACCUCUGCAAGAUAGUAAUGGCGCAAAUAAGAAUGCUGAAAUGUUUGGCAACAGAUUUAAUAGUAACAAAAUGGUUGUGCAGAGCAGUGUGAAUAACAAGCUCUAUCGGAAUUCUGAUGGAAGUAGCAUGAACAGAUUUUACGUGAAUGACAUGAAAAAUGUGGAGAGCAAUAGGAUCCAAUUAAACAAUAAAAUGAACAAUGUAAAGGAUAGCCAAAGCAGCUCUAUGCCUCCAUAUAGGGAAAAGGAAUAUCUAGAAAGUGUUUAUAAAAACAGGGAUAAGUAUUUGUUAGGUAAAAGCGAAAACGAUAAUUUGUAUAUCUCGUCUAAGCAGUUGAAUAACUUGAGCUCUGGGAACACCCCAAGCGGUGGCACCAUGAGUGGUGCUACCGGCAUGAGCAAUAUCUCUGCCCAUACGAGAAAUUUGAAAAAUUUAGACGGCCUCCCAAUAUACAACACCAUGAAUAUAACCCCGAUGGGUGCCAAAACAAAUAUGAAUAAAGUAUUCAACUUUAGCCCAAAUGAUAAAGGCAACUUCCACGCGGAAGUCUUGGCCGACGCUAAGCUGAACAACCAGGCGAAGGACGCACACUACAGCCAUGUGAACAGAUCGGUUAAUAUGUUGUUUAACGAGCAGGCAAAAUAUGGUCCUUAUGGAGUGAAUAGCGGUCACUCGGGAAAUAGCACCCAUCAUCACGGAAGCAGUAUCCCGACGGAAACCACGGCCAGCAGUACAAAACCUUUUUUUGCCGCACCAAAUGUUUUAUUAGAUGCCAAGCCGUACAAGAAGAAUGUGGAAAUUUUUAAAGAACACAAAAUCGGCAAGGAAGACACACAAGUAAGAUAUAAUAAUUUAAUUGAGGGGAGUAAGGCGAACAGUGGCCCCAACCCCGAAAACGCCAGCAUGGCUCCAUCGGCGUUUGGAAAGAUUAACACGAACAAUCAGAAGAUGAACCUGAAGACUGGGGAUUUGUCUAAUGGGCUCAUUCCAAGCGUGGUCAUACCAAGGAGUAAUAAUCAUGCGAAUCCCUCCAUCAACAUUGACAACACAGAUGCAUACAAAUUUUACAUGAAUAAGGAAAACCUAAAUGGAAAGGAAGUUCCUCAUUUUACAAACCCAGUGAAUAUUCUAAAAGAUAAUAAUAAAGCAAAGAAUAUUUCGAUAAAAACGUACGCCAAUAACAACAAAAUUAUGAAGCAAGCAGAUGAAACAGAAAACGUGAUUCCCUCAAUGCCUAAAAUAGACGCAGAUUUAGUUAACAAAAGAGGGCAUGAUAAUGAUGGUACUAUUACGGGGGGUAUUAUAAAUUUAAAUAAUAGUAGAGCCUAUGAAGAGAUGAAAAUGGAAAACAGUGGAGUUCCUUUCGAAAAACCAGGAAAUUAUCCAGCCCAGUUUAAAGGGAACCCAUUGGAUGAAAAUAAUAUCAACAUGACAAAUCUGACUAGAGAUGUGGGAGGAUCUACCAUCAGCACUAGCUCUCCCUAUAAUACUGGCAUGUUCAACAUGAGUAGCAGCAAAAAUGGAGUAAUUGGAAACGAAACGGAUACUCUAGUGCCAUAUAAAGAAAGUGCACAGAUAGAACAAAAAGCCGAUGAUGAAAAUUUAAAAAAGAACGAACAAACUGAGGAGAAAAAAAGGAAAAAGAAAAGAGAGAAAAAGGAAGAAAAGGGGAAAGAUAAAAAUACAGAAAUGACUAAAAAUGAAAAAGGAGGAUUAUUUCCAUUUGAUCAAAAUUUCAAGGGGAAAAAGAAAAAUCUUGAUUAUAAUAAUUAUUUGUACCACAUAACUGAGAGCAGCGAACAAGGUGUUUUUAAUAGCACAACGAAGAGUCUACUACAGACGACGGAUAGCUACAUGAACAGCAGAGGUUUGAAUGUAACACCCGGUACAGACAUGCUUAGGAACAUGUACAUGGACAUGCAAAUGGGUGCCCCUAUGAAUGCAUCGCUAAAGGAAUCACCAAAUGAGUCCCUCAACGCAUCCUCGAACGUUCCAACAAAUGUGAAGGACCAAAACAAUAUGCAUAACGAAAACACUUUUUCCUUAGCAAAUAACGACUCGAAUAAAAAUGCAUCAAACAUGUAUAUGGACAAUGACAAAAGUAUGCUAAAUCGAAUAGACGUACUAAAUGAAGACGAUUUUAGAUCAUCCAAAAUGAAAGAAAAUUUGAGUGAACUAUACGGUGAGGAGACAACAGCCCUUACGCCUGAACAAAUGGAAAGCGACAGAAAAUUGAUAGCCCUGACCCAACUUUUUGGGGACGUAAUUGACGAAAAUGACAACAUGCGAAGUAGCAAAAUAAGUGAUGGUGUGAUGGAAAAUAAGCCAUAUUCACCAACACCCUCCACGUUAAGGAAUAAUCCCCCACAUAAUCUAGAAUUAUUGAAAAAUAUGUCCCUGGACACAUUGUUAAAUAAUUUAAAUAUAGAUAAGGAUGUCCUUGAUAUACUGAAGGAAAAAAUAAAUAACAUUAACAGAAAUAUUAAUGUGACUAUACGCUCGACGGUUCAUCAUGAAGAGAUAACGGAACCAAAAGAGGAAAGAGAAAACUUCGAUUUAGCAAAACUGUUAACUCUCUUUGAUGAUUUUAUAAAUUGGUAUGAAAAUAAUUUAAUUCAAAUAAAACUCCAACUACAGAAUGUGUCCUUCUGUUUAUUGCUGGAAAUUUUUGUACUCAUAUUAACAAACAGUUAUGGACAUGUUUCCGAUUUUAAGAAAAAAUAUUUAAACAAAUUUUCUGCCUACGAGCCGGUGAUAAAGUUUUUGUCCACCUGUGUUAACGUGAGCCAGAUGUUUGAGAUAUCGCUUGUUCGCUUUAAGGAGAAAAAUGCCAAGCACGUCGUUCAUAUGACCAAGCUAGGAAAGAAAUCCCUGUGGCAGUACCUAACUGUGUACGGAGGCAUUUCGCUAUACAAUUUAAUUACGACAAAAAUUAAAAUAAUAGAAAUCGAAGACCAGAAGAGGAAUUUUAAUUUUUUCAAUUCCUUUGUUUCGGCCAAUUUUCUCUACAAUGCAAAGCUGGAUUUUCCCGUUAUGUGGUCGUUGCCGUCUAUUUAUUUGACGAAGGACGAAAUUAUGGAGGACGAAAGCAACAAACCUGGGUGUGAAAAGGAAGAAAAUCACUACGUGCCCAACGAAAGUAGUGAUGCCUUCUAUUACUACAAACAUAUAUUGAAAGUGCAAAAAAAGAACAGACUAAAGGUGACAAAAAACAGAAUGCCCAGUAUGCUGUAUUACUGCGUAAACAAUUGUAGUGACAUGACAUGUGCAGAAAUUUCUGGCCUUGAUGGAUCCUUUGUCGCCACAGCGCAUUCGAAUAACAUAAUAAAAUUGUGGAAUAUCAAAGAAUCCCAAAUGAACAAAAUAAAAAAAAAAAAAAAAAAAGACAUGGAGGAGAUUAAUAAAGUUAACAUAAACGAUACCAUGACAAGGAGACAUGAUUAUUUGGAAGAAAAUAAUACAACGUCCAUAGAAUUAGAUUAUCAUGAAGAAAAUGAUGGAAUUAGCACUUUAUAUGGGAAUGUUUUUAAUGUUACGAGUUUACGUUUUGGUGAAUCGAAUAAAAUAUUACUCUCUGGAAAUGUUAAUGGGGAUGUAUAUUUAUACAGCACAAUAAGUAACAAAAAUUAUGUGAAGUAUGUAGGUGGACACACACCUAUAUGGUCUCUGGACACGGCCUUUUUAGGCUACUUUUUUUGUUCCAGUGAAGAUGAUGGUAAUUUAAGGAUCUACUCUACCAAUAGAACAUACCCCUUUAUUACUUACACGUAUAACUGCCCCGCCAAUAUUUCCAAAUACCAUUACAACAGCACUCUUGUGGCCUGUGGCUACUAUGACAAUUAUGUACAUCUGUACGAUGUUAGAGUAAACUCCUUUAUCAAGAGAUUCAAAAAUAACUACCCAAGCAACGAGGGAGUUACUUCCUUGAGUUUUUCCAAAAAUGGAAGGCUACUAUCAUAUGCAGGUGGCUAUACAAAUAGCCUCAAUUUAAUCGAUCUGGCAAUGGAUAAAUUUAUUGACGUGGAACCCAAAAUGGCCAUUUCAGCGGAGCCCUGUCACAAUGAUGAAGAAUAUACCGAAACCUCCAAACCGUUUGAAGCUUAUUUUGAUACAAAUUUGCUAAACAUAAAAAAUAAAGGAAAAGAAAAUGGCACGGUUCCACUUGGCACUGAUUUAAACUCCUUUGAGGACAAAAUUUUAAGUAUCGACUUUAGUUAUGACAAUAACUUAUUAGUUUCCAUGUGUUGUAAUAACCUCAUCGAUUUUUACAAUUGCUCCAAAGCAUCACAUGAGAUAAAACAUUCGACAGAGAAAAAGAAAAUUAAAUUGGAAGAGCCCAAAGGAAGAAGGAACCGCCCAUAUGUCAAACUAUCCAAAUCGUACGGCGUUAACCACUCAAAUUUAAUGUCUGCAAAAUUUACGCCCGAGAAUGUACUCCUCCUGUUUGGCAUAAAUACCUUAAUAUGA